GGGUCGCGCUGUGCGCCUGCGCAGUGGAGCGGCGGCUUGUUGUAAUGGCGGCGGCGGGCGGUGAGGAGCCGGACUCGGACGAUGGCAGCGAGGAGCUGGUUCUUACCCCACUGCAGCUCAUCCGCAGCCUGGAGCAGGCCUGGAUGAACGAGAAGUUUGCCCCCGAGCUGCUGGAGAGCAAACCGGAGAUCAUUGAGUGCGUGGUGGAGCAGCUGGACCACAUGGAGGCAAACUUAAAACGGGCAAAGAAAGGAGACCUGAAGGUCAGCAUCCACCGCAUGGAGAUUGAAAGGAUCCGUUAUGUGCUCAGUAGUUACUUGAGGUGUCGACUUGUGAAGAUAGAGAAGUUUUUCCCACAUGUGCUGGAGAAGGAGAAAUCUCGAGCCAGAGGGGAGCCUUCCAUUCUAUCACCAGAGGAGUUUGCCUUUGCUAAGGAGUACAUGGCAAACACCGAGACUUAUCUGAAGAAUGUGGCCCUAAAGCACAUGCCACCCAAUCUGCAGAAAGUGGCUCUCUUAAAAUCAGUCCCGAAACCCAACCUGGACUCUUUUGUGUUCUUGAGAGUGCUGAAGAGACAGGAGAACAUCCUGGUUGAGCCAGAGACUGAUGAGCAGAGAGAGUACACCAUUGAUCUGGAGGAGGGCUCACAGCACCUGAUCCGCUACAAGACCAUUGCCCCACUGGUGGCCUCAGGAGCAGUGCAGCUCAUCUGAACAAGUGGUAUUGCCUGGAAAAUGGCCAUGAGCUUAGGAAUUCAGAUUGUCUGCUCUGAAGGAUAGUUACACAGGCCAAACAGCAAGUCUCUUUUUCCUUGGAAUGUCCCAAGGCAGAAUUUACCUUGCAGAUGGAAUAAACUUUGUUCUGCCUGUGCAGUGUCUUUCCCAGUGUGGACACAGUUGUCCACAGCACCUUCUGACUUAUCUAGAGAGAAGUUACAAUGAUGUUUUCUUUUUUUUUUCUGGUGUUCUGGCAUUAGUAGCACUGUCCUCAUAAAAUUAUAUCUCAGAUUUACCUGCAGUGUAGGGCUGGAUUUGGAAUUGCUUUCCUUUGUGCUGAUAGUGGCUUUUCUUGCAUGGUCCAAAGAGUGGGUGCCUACAGGAGCCUUGGGCAUCUGUGUUUUCCCUGAUCAGGCUGUGAUUUGUACAGUUGUGGUGGAAGCUUUGGAAAUGUCAAACAGCAUUUUUAAUUUUGUCACAAUCCUUCUUAACUGAACAACCGAUUCACACUUAGUAGGUCUUGAAAAUGCCCAUGUACAAUUUGUAUUUCAUUCCACUGUUUUGUUACAUGCACAAGCUUUGUAUUGAAACCAAAAUCAGCAGAUUCUUCACUGAUUUAAAUGCUGCCAUUUCACCUUUUGAAAUUCUUGGAUGUUGAUCAACUCCAGUGAGGGGAAUUGAAAGGCCUUCCUUCUUUUCUGGCCUUUUCUGACCCCCUUCUUUGGGCUGUCAGAUUUCAGGGAGAUUACAACACAGUUACAGCUAAUCCUCAGGCUUGAGGCUGCCUUUGUCGGUGAACUCCAGGGCAAAUGGGGCCCUUGAUGCAGGAUGGUCUGCAUGAUCAGCAGCUGAGGACUAGAAGAGCUCUAAGGAAUACCGUAAGCUUGUGGUGCUUUCAUGUUGCUUGGAAUGGUAACAGUAUGAGUUCAGCAGGCUUUCCCAAAACAGUCUCUUGCUGCAGGGUGAGAACAGGAAUGGUCUUGAUUUUUACCUUACCUCUUCUGUUUUGUAUGGUAUUCACACGACUUCCUCUAAGGCUGGCAUGUUGCCUUUGAUUUCUGCAGCAGAGCAUUCAGCUCCGUGUGCGGGGGAACUUGGAUCAAUAGCACCAAGUGCUAAGUGACCAAGCUGACGGUAUAUUCGGGAAAGCUGCGGUGUGUAGUUGUUAGGAUACCUUAUUUAAGAAUUGUGGUGACCAGUUUGACUAAAAAGAAGCAACUGUAAUGAUGGCUCAGGAUAAAGCAGCUUUCUGCUGUGUGCUCCCCGAAGAUCCUUUUUCCAGAGAAUGUGGAGUUCUACUGCAGUCUCUGCUUGUUUGUAGUUUUGAGGGUGGAAUCUGUCUGGUUACUUUGUGCUGAAACAAAUGCUGCAGUAAGGGAGACAAGGAAUUCCUUAAUGUUGAUUACACAGAGCAAAAGCUCCUUUUGCCCUGCUGACCUUCAUGUAUUUCCUGGUCCCCUGCUAGUACAGCCUGGUACCUCUCAGGUGUGGACAGACAGGCUCACCUUCCUUCAGGACAGGGCCUUCCUUGCACCAUACUCUGUGGGGAACAGGCUGGUGCUCCCCUUUCACUGCCAGGCAGGGUGUGAUGCAGGGCAUCUUGCAGUGCGAGUGGCUUUGCGUGUGUGGUUUAUAGUGUUCCUAAUGAAUCCAUUUAGAUAAAGUGGAUUCUUUUUUAAGUAUAGACAUUAAGAGGAAGUUGUGUUUAAUCCUUAGGAAUCAGUAGCACACACCUCUGCCUGGCCCUGAAGAAAGGGCUUUGGAUUGUACCCUGCUCACGCCUGUAGCUUAGGCAGCCUCACAGAGGUGACUGAAGCUCCCAGUCAAAGUCAUUCUUAAUCUGCUGCUGCAAAAACGUGCUCUAGAAGAGCCGCUUGAAGAAUGUAAGACUUUCUCCUUAGCCCUAUUUAGUUUGACUGAACAGUUGUCCAGGCAGCUUGUACUUGCCCUACAACUGCAUCUCACGUGGCUGCUGCAACGUGAGCAUUGGGGCCCAUGCCCUGGUUCUAGAAGCCAAAUCCUCACCAGAGCUGAUUUUUCCUAGAGUGCUUUGAGCACAGCUCCUCUCUGCAGUUUGGCAGCCAUCAAAAUUAUUGCAGGCUGUGCAGUUUACCACAUGGGCUAUUAGGCUGGAAUUGGUCAGGCUAAUAAGUGAGAUUUGGUUUGUCAAGGAAGAGUUGCUUUUGGCUUGUACUUUUAGAUGGAGGGGAAGACUCGUUCAUCCACCUCAGUCUGUGCCUGUGAUGAGAAUGCACAGAGCAGCUUCUCUAGGGGCUGCUGUAGAGAUUGGACUGAAAUAAAUCACCUGUUCUCUGUUC